UGGCGCAAAUAUGAUGCUGACAGCAGUGGCUUUAUAUCAGCUGCUGAACUUUGUAACUUCCUCCGAGACCUUUUCCUCCACCAUAAAAAGGCCAUUCCAGAGGCCAAACUGGAAGAAUACACUGGCACCAUGAUGAAGAUCUUUGACAAAAAUAAAGAUGGUCGGUUGGAUCUUAAUGACUUGGCAAGGAUUCUGGCUCUUCAGGAAAACUUCCUCCUCCAAUUUAAAAUGGAUGCUUGUUCUACUGAAGAAAGGAAGAGGGACUUUGAGAAGAUCUUUGCCCACUAUGAUGUUAGUAAAACAGGAGCCCUAGAAGGCCCAGAAGUGGAUGGGUUUGUCAAAGACAUGAUGGAGCUUGUCCAGCCCAGCAUCAGCGGGGUGGACCUUGAUAAGUUCCGGGAGAUUCUCUUGCGUCACUGCGAUGUGAACAAGGAUGGAAAAAUUCAGAAGUCUGAGCUGGCUUUGUGUCUGGGUCUGAAAAUCAACCCAUAACUUCCAGAUUGCUUUGCCCGUUUCUCUGACCAUGUUUCUGUGCUCUUGCUGCUAGGAUUGUGUCUGUGCAUUGCUGCUUGGCACACACUGGGCAAACUUUCCACAGUUGGGAUGGCAUGUUGGGCAAGGGGAGGGAAGCUAGGGCCUCUCUUCCUGCCAGCAUGGGUAUGUCCCUGCCUCAAUGAAAGCAUCCCUCAUAUACUAUCCGUGUUGUUUUCCCCUUGACCCUGAACAUUCCUGUCCCCCUAAAGACUCAGCUACACUGUUAGAUCUGCUCUGCUUUUCUUUCCCAGUCACCAGGGAACAGUAGCUGCUGAGUGCAUCCAUCUUGUGCUUUUUUUGUGGGCUUUCUGCUAAAUCUGAAUGGUGUAUGGCAUUCAUGGCAAUUCCCUACCUUCUAUGACUAGAUUUUUGUGUGGGAAUAAAACUGCAGUUGCAAACAAA